AUGUCUAUUCCUGAAUUGCAAUGGGCACAAGUGGCCGAAAAGGUCGGGGGUCCGCUGGUAUACAAACAGAUUCCUGUUCCCAAGCCAGAGCCUGACCAGAUUCUGGUGAAGAUGCGCUAUUCUGGCGUUUGUCACACUGACUUACACGCCUUUAUGGGCCACUGGCCCAUUCCACUCAAGAUGCCCCUUGUCGGUGGGCAUGAAGGCGCUGGAGUGGUUGUGGCUAAAGGCUCCCUGGUGCAUGAAUUUGAUAUUGGCGACCAUGCUGGUAUUAAGUGGCUCAAUGGGUCAUGCUCUGAAUGUGAAUUCUGCAGGCAAUCUGAUGAUCCCUUGUGUGCCCGUGCACAACUCUCUGGGUAUACUGUGGACGGCACUUUCCAGCAAUAUGCGGUUGGCAAGGCUUCUCAUGCCUCAAAGAUUCCUAAGGAUGUUCCUCUUGAUGCUGCUGCACCAGUUCUAUGCGCCGGUAUUACUGUCUAUAAGGGUUUGAAAGAGUCUGGAGUUCGCCCUGGUCAAACAGUGGCCAUUGUCGGAGCAGGUGGCGGCUUGGGCUCCCUUGCUCAGCAAUAUGCGAAGGCAAUGGGAAUAAGAGUAGUAGCUGUAGACGGAGGCGAUGAGAAGAAAGCUAUGUGUGAACAGCUUGGAACUGAGACCUUUGUCGACUUCACAAAAUCCAAGGAUCUGGUGGCCGACGUGAAAGCGGCGACUCCUGAUGGCCUUGGUGCUCAUGCAGUCAUUCUAUUGGCAGUUUCGGAAAAGCCUUUUCAACAGGCCACCGAAUAUGUUCGCUCGCGUGGAACAAUUAUUGCCAUUGGAUUGCCUCCAGACGCAUUCCUCAAGGCCCCAGUUCUAAACACCGUAAUCCGUAUGAUCAGUAUUAAGGGCAGUUAUGUUGGAAACCGACAGGACGGCGUGGAAGCUCUGGACUUUUUUGCUCGAGGCUUGAUCAAAGCUCCGUUCAAGUUAGCCCCCCUGAAAGAUCUUCCUAAGAUUUUCGAACUUAUGGAACAAGGAAAGAUUGCCGGUCGCUACGUUCUUGAGAUCCCAGAGUAA